AUGGUAGCGCACUCGUUUCCGUUGCGGCUAUUACUAACGAGACCUCCGUUCCCAAUAUGUACUCAGUUCGCAAUAUCGGCUUCAUCUAACGUUACAGAGCACUCGCACGACCAUGACCAUCCCUCGGUGUUGAAGCGGCUGCACGGUACGUUUAUGGUAAUUGCUUGGCUGUUCUUCAACUCGCUCGGAAACACCGUUGCAAGGUACUUCAAGAAAACAUGGACCAACAAACAGUAUUUUGGAACACCGGUGUGGAUUUUUUACCACCGAGCCUACAUGAUGGCCUGCUGGACACUCACGUGCGCCGCCAUCAUUUGUAUCUUCAUCGAUCUGGAGGGCUUUGAGGCACACGCGCAUAGCAUUGUUGGAUUGACGACGUUCGUCCUAGUGUUCGUGCAGCCCAUCCUGGCCCUAAUGAGACCGCCCCAACAGCAGGCACAGUCCGCGAUUCGAAUCUUGCAUCGUCUGCUAGGGCAUGCAGCGUACAUUCUAGCAGUAACGAACAUGUUCCUGGGAGUUGGAUUGGAAUCGGCCCACAUAUCCUCGGUAAUGUAUGGUCUGGUCGGUGGGGCGCUAGGCGUUCACGUGCUGGCACAUGUAGCUUUCAACGUUCUCGAAUAUCUUGCCAGACAGAAGGGAUCAGAACUGGACGUGAAUAAGGAUGCAUCGUUUUCACGCUGGAGGAAAACCAUCCUGAUGGUGCAAAUGAUUACACUGUACGCGUUCGCCAUCGUGAAUGUGGUAUUCGUGUGGCGCGUAUAA